AUGAGCAUCCAGGAGAGCUCGAUAAAUACCCCUACCUUCCGGCCCUGGACCGUUAAGCGCACGAGAGAGGCGGUUGCGGAGCGGUGCUGAGGGACGGCUGGAGCGGCUGAGGUGGUCUGCAGGAGUGCAGCAUGCGUGAGUGUAUUUCUAUCCACGUGGGGCAGGCAGGUGUCCAGAUUGGCAAUGCCUGCUGGGAACUGUACUGCCUUGAACAUGGUAUUCAGCCUGACGGGCAGAUGCCGAGCGACAAAACCAUUGGUGGCGGGGAUGAUUCAUUCAACACGUUCUUCAGUGAAACCGGAGCUGGCAAGCAUGUGCCCAGAGCAGUGUUUGUGGACCUGGAGCCCACUGUGGUCGAUGAAGUGCGUACCGGAACCUACAGGCAACUUUUCCACCCAGAACAGCUGAUCACUGGGAAGGAGGAUGCAGCCAAUAAUUAUGCCAGAGGUCAUUAUACCAUUGGCAAGGAAAUUGUUGACCUGGUCCUGGACCGGAUCCGAAAACUGGCAGAUCUGUGCACAGGACUGCAGGGCUUCCUCAUCUUCCACAGCUUUGGAGGUGGCACAGGAUCUGGGUUUGCAUCUCUGCUUAUGGAACGGCUUUCAGUGGACUAUGGCAAGAAGUCCAAGCUGGAAUUUGCUAUUUACCCAGCCCCACAGGUUUCCACAGCCGUUGUGGAGCCAUACAACUCCAUCCUGACCACACACACGACACUGGAACAUUCCGACUGUGCUUUCAUGGUAGAUAAUGAAGCCAUCUAUGACAUCUGUCGGCGCAACCUGGAUAUUGAACGUCCCACGUAUACCAACCUCAAUCGUCUGAUUGGGCAGAUCGUGUCAUCCAUCACAGCCUCCUUGAGGUUUGAUGGGGCCCUGAAUGUGGACUUAACAGAAUUCCAGACCAACCUGGUGCCAUACCCUCGCAUCCACUUCCCACUGGCAACCUAUGCCCCAGUCAUCUCAGCUGAGAAGGCAUACCAUGAGCAGCUGUCAGUGGCAGAAAUCACCAAUGCUUGCUUUGAGCCAGCAAAUCAGAUGGUUAAGUGUGACCCUCGCCAUGGCAAAUACAUGGCCUGCUGCAUGUUGUACAGAGGGGAUGUGGUCCCAAAAGAUGUCAAUGCGGCUAUUGCUACCAUCAAGACAAAGCGCACCAUCCAAUUUGUGGAUUGGUGCCCAACUGGAUUUAAGGUGGGUAUUAACUACCAGCCCCCCACCGUGGUCCCUGGGGGAGACCUGGCCAAGGUGCAGAGGGCCGUGUGCAUGCUGAGCAAUACCACUGCCAUCGCAGAGGCUUGGGCCCGCCUGGACCACAAGUUUGACCUCAUGUACGCCAAGCGGGCCUUUGUGCACUGGUACGUGGGAGAAGGCAUGGAGGAAGGGGAGUUCUCAGAGGCCCGGGAGGACCUGGCAGCACUGGAGAAGGAUUAUGAAGAGGUGGGCGUCGAUUCUGUGGAAGCAGAGGCAGAGGAAGGGGAAGAAUACUGAGUGUGUGGGUCUGGCUGGCAGCCAUCCAUGUAUCUCUUCCCCACCAUUGAAACUAAAUAUAUUUUACUCAUUAAACUUUGUAUAUUACGGCA